UACCGCCACUCGUGUCUUCUUUCUUGAUCUACAUCGAGCUCAAAAGGUUUACCAGCAGCCAAGAUGAUGCGAGUCGCGUGUUUUCUGCUCCUCGCAGGCCUGCUGGGCCCGGUCCGCGCCGCGCCGAAAGCCGGCUGCGAUGUUCUCCAAGUGGACGGCUGCGCCGCUGACGUCUUCCUCUUCGCCGCGAAGGAUUCCGCGCCCAAGGACGCCGCCGAACUCGAGUCCUACUGCAAGGUCCAGAAGGCGUCUGAAGAAUGUUCCAGGAACUACGUCAAGAAGUGCACAGAGAGCGUCGUUCAGGGCAUCGCCACGAUCUUCCUCGACGACAUCAAGGACGAAAUCGACACGCGUUGCGACCCAACUCAAGAUUACCACAAAGAAUACCUCAAGCACGUGGGCUGCAUGAACAGCGUCGGCCCCGGAAUCCAUAAGUGCAUGAGGGACCUGGUUGUGGCACUCGACGUUGCUGCUCAGUUGCCCGUCAAGCAGAGGAUCGGCGGUGCCUGUUGCAAGUUCGACGGCUUCGAGAACUGCGUCACCCAGCUUGUGCAGAGCAAGUGCACCGGCGAAUCGACCACGUUCGCAAAGGGCCUGCUGAACAAGUACGCCGGAGAACUCCUGGGCACGGUCUGCGGUGCCUUCAAGGGCAACGACAAGUGUGCCGCCAUCAACUACGGCAGCGCCGUGGGCGACGCCAGCCUCAAGUCCAUCCUCGCGCCCCUCAUCAAGGUCUCUGACGCCCUCGGCUAGACGCUCAACGAAGCGCCACUCACGAUAUCUGGUCAACAAUGUAGUCUAGUGUUAUGUUACUGUGAAGAAAACGCGUCUGGCCGCGGUCACUCUUUAGUAAAACCGCCAGAAAGCCA